GUCACCACACACUAGAUCUGAAAGCAUUGGGAAGUACCAGAUUCCUUGUCUAUAAAUACAAAGACUACCAAAUCAUCCCUUCAACUCAAAGCUUCCCUCCACAUCCAGUUCAAGUAUUUGAAGUUUCAAUCCUUGUUCUACUUUAAGCUCAUUAGAUCUAUUUCAAAGAAGGCCAUGGGUUUCCGUUUGCCCUCUAUGGUUCAUGCCAGGCAAAUCCUCAAACUGCAAUCUCUUCUUACUAGAAGUCAAUCAUCUAUAUUAGCGACAACAGCAGAAGUGCCAAAAGGCCACUUUGCAGUUUAUGUUGGAGAAGCUGAAAAGAAGAGAUUUGUGGUUCCAAUAUCUUACUUGAACAAUCCUUCAUUCCAGAAAUUAUUGAGCCAUGCUGAGGAAGAAUUCGGCUUCAAUCAUCCAAUGGGUGGUGUCACAAUCCCCUGCAAUGAAGAUGCUUUCAUUGAUCUCACUUCUCGGCUACAUUCAUUAUGAGAGAAGGAAGAGUAAAGAGUUAGGAAAUAGUCGGCACCUUAAGUCCAUUUUCUCCAAUUUUGACUCAUUUAUAUCAUUCCUUUGAUGUACAUAAAUUGACAGAGGGAUAAGAAAUUUAUAUUUCAUUGUGAGAUCAAUAUACUUCUUUUCGACUAUCUCUUUCAAAUUGCAAGUCCCCAAGAUCUGUCUCAAGCUGUAUCUUUGAUCCUUUACUGAGUUGUAUGUAGGGACGAGAAAUAAUACUGUUAAUCUCUUUCAAA